GUUCCAAAUACGAAUACAUUCCAUUUACAAUAUUAGCGCGUAUUUAAAAAAGAAAAAAUAUAAACAUUAGUGGCCAGUGACUGUUAGUGCUGUGAUUAUAUUAGUGAUGGAUUCGGAGCUUAGUAAAAUGCAGACGAAAAUACCAUCGAAAAACUUUUCAAUCGAAUCAAUAGUUGGAUUGAAUGACAGACGAUCGCCAGACAUUGAUAUAGAGAACACAAUAUCGCAGGAUUACGCAGGCAAUAACGAUCAUUCUGAAGAUGAAGAAGUUAAAGUUAGGGAUGGGAAAAUGGGUUAUUAUUUCCAACAGAAUCGAGUGCCGAAUUUUCCAUUUUUCAUGUCGUAUGACAAGAGGAUGAUGAAUGGAUUCCAGAAUGAACAGAGACAGGGUUCUGAGGAUUUGAAGAGGGCGAGUCCAGGUAGCGUGAGGAGCGAAGUCGACAGCGAUAGCGUGGACGAUAGGCCGCACGAAUCCCUUAGUCCGCAGUCGGAACAAAUGACAAAUAAUGGAUCCGCUCCUGACCCCAAUAUAAGGAGAUAUCGCACGGCGUUCACUCGAGAACAGCUGGCGAGGCUUGAGAAGGAGUUCAUGAAGGAGAACUACGUCUCCCGUCCGAGACGGUGCGAACUGGCCGCUCAGUUACAACUGCCAGAAUCAACAAUAAAGGUGUGGUUCCAAAACCGUAGGAUGAAAGAUAAACGUCAACGUAUAGCAGUCGCUUGGCCUUACGCAGCCGUCUACAGCGACCCAGCAUUCGCAGCAUCCAUUCUUCAAGCGGCUGCAUCAUCAGUAGGUCUACCAUAUGGAUACCCAUCGCCAGCUCUUCUCCCCCCCUUCCACAACCCUCAGUUAUUACCCGCGGGUUACCCAUACCCCUACCCCCCUUAUCCCCGAUACCCAUACAUUCCACCAACCCCUCCGUCCCCCGUCAACGCCGAAGCAUCAUCUCUAAGGCCCACAUAUCCUAAUUUCAAUAUAAAUGUUGAUAAAUAAGUUUUUAAUUUAGAUCUUGUAUGUAUGUAAAUAUGGUUUAAAAUUAGAUGUUAUUGUUUAGUAAUUUAUUGAAUGCUGGUCAUAAUAAUAACGACUGUUUAGAAGACUCCGUUAUUCCAAACUUAAAUUUAAAUUCUUGUCAAAAAGUAUAGAUAUCCGGCAAAUAGGUUGAACACGUUUUGCGAAUUUGAUACCAGACAAUUUGCACAGUGAUUGUUUUGAACAGAAGCGUCUACUGCGCAAGCUUUAUAUAUUUUAUUGUUAUUUGCUGGGAACUAUACUGAAAAAUUGUCAUAUCUGAAAAGAGGUUAGAGCUCGGAAUACCAGAAACUAUUUUCGAUAUUUAAAUUUCUGAACGAUUUUGUUUAUAAAAAACAUCGGCAAGAUGGCUGUUUAUAUUUAUUUUUAAAUCCAUCAACUGAAUUCCAGAAAUAUAAUGAUCGCUGUUUGUAAAUAUAGGUUUAAUUUAUUUUUAAUAUAGAUAAGACCAAAGUUUAAAUGUAAUUAUUUUAUUUACAUUAGUGCAAUAAACUGAUAUGCGUUUUUUAAAUUUUGCACUACGAGAGGCAAUAUGGCGGGUAAUUUAAUUGAUUGUAAAGA